UCCGCCCUCUCAAGUUGGGGCCCCAUGUGCUGCCGCGAGGGGCCCCGCUGGGGCCGGGGGCACUGUGCCCCCAGCCCCACGCUCCUCCUGGGUCUUCUCAUGUCUGCAGCCCCGCUUGGCCUGCUGGGGGAGGAGACCCGCCAGGUGUCUCUGGAGGUCAUCCCUGACUGGCCUGGCGCCCCCCAGAACCUGCUUCACAUCCGGGCAGUGGGCACCAACUCCACCCUGCACUACGUGUGGAGCAGUAUGGGGCCUCCAGCAGUGCUGCUGGUGGCCACCAACACCCCCCACAGCACCCUGGCUGUCAACUGGAGCUGCCUGCUCUCCCCGGAGCCAGCCGGGGGCCUCACCGUGCUCCCCAGGGACAGCGUCCAGUUCUCUUCCGCCCUUGUCUUUACUAGGCUGCUGGAAUUUGACAGCACUAACACAUCCGAGGCGUCAGCCAAGCCUCCAGGAAAACCGUAUCCCCCGUACUCCCUGGCCGAGUUCUCUUGGAACAACAUCACGGACUCCUUGGAUCCUGCCACUCUGAGCGCCACAUUUCAAGGCCACCCCAUUCACGACCCCACCGCGGCUUUUGCCAACGGCAGCCUGGCCUUUAGGGUGCAGGCUUUCCCCAGCUCCGGCCGACCGGCCCAAGCCCCGCGUCUCCUGCAUUCAGCGGACACCUGCCAGCUAGAGGUGGCCCUGGUUGGGGCCUGUCCCCGGGGAAACCGCUCCCUGUUUGGGCUGGAGGUAGUCACCUUGGGCCAGGGCCCUGAAUGCCCCUCAGUGCAAGAGCAGCGCUCCAUUGAUGAUGAAUAUGCACCUGCUGUCUUCCAGUUGGACCAGCUGGUGUGGGGCUCCCUCCCAUCGGGCUUCGUGCAGUGGCGGCCAGUGGCUUUCUCCCAGAGGCAGAGGGGCCGGGACUCAGCCUUGCCCUGCCAAGCUUCCCCAGUUUGCCUCACCUUGGAAUACCCUCUCCCCCAGUCACCCAUUGUUCGAGCCUUCUUUGGGUCCCAGACCAACUUCUGUGCCUUCAAUCUGACAUUUGGGGCUCCCACAGGCCCUGGCUACUGGGACGAACACUACCUCAGCUGGUCGAUGCUCCUGGGUGUGGGCACCCCUCCAGUGGACAGCUUGUCCCCACUCAUCCUGGGCAUCAUGGCAGUGGCCCUGGGUGCCCCAGGGCUCAUGCUGCUGGCAGGAGGCGUGGUUCUGCUGCUGGGCCACAAGCAGUGCUCGGAAUACCAGCCUAUAAACUGAGGCCCGCUCACUGGAGGGUGGGACAUGAAUUUCUGGGCCUGCCUCGCUGGUCUGCUGGAUGAAGGGUCAGUUGCUCCCUUCUUCCAUCUGGCUUCCCUGCAGAACCUCAGAGACCACCCUCAGCUUCCUGGAGGCCCCCCAGGUGGGGCUUCCUUCAUACUCUGGGGAGGGACCAGCAACAGGGUGAAUGCUAGAGGUGGAGAAGUCCCUUGGUGAUGCCUCCCUGCCCCACCAGCCCUAUUUCCCUGAAUGGGACUCAGGCCUAAAUGAGAGGCCUUCUGACUUGUUGGCUGCCCUGGAAGGCAUGAAAUGGACUCAUUUUCUCCCCAGGGCUCGUCUCUCAGUGUGUGGGUGUUGGGGGCGGGUGUGGCGCUGGUUCCAGGAACCAGAGGCUGAGACGUGGGCGUUGGAGGCACAUCUCCGUGUGCGGCCCCCUCUCCUCUCCGGCCUGCCCCUCUCCUGUGGGGCAGGGGGUUCUGGACCAGUCUGCGUCAGACAAGGAAGGGACGCCUGAGAGUGGGGGUCCAACAUGAAGGAAGAGCCAAGGAAGACCGUGGUGGUCAUUUAUUGUCACACACACGUUCACACGGGGUUCACAUCAGCCACCGUGCCCUGCAGCCACCCGCAGCCACCACGUGUGUGGGCAUGCACACACACACCCCUACCCCUCUCCGGAGGCAGGCUUCCCCUCCCCUCCGCACCUCCACCCCUGGGACAGGCAUGUUCUGAGCAGUUUGGAGGUGGGAGGUUACCGGGCCUGACUGGGUUGGAAGGGAGAAGGUAUUAGCUCUGGGCUAUGACAGCUUUAAUCGUCUGGACUGAAGCUGGAGGUUGUGAGGGCCAGCGGUGGUGGGUCCUGAACCCAGGCCCCCAGGAAGGUUUCCACCAAACGUGCAAGUCCUGCCUGAUCGGAUGCCCAGCCUUUAUCUUUGGCACGGGCAAUGUUUCCAGUCUCCCUGCGGCCCUCUGCUCAGACCGGGGACAGAAAUGGUCAGUCUGGCUGUGGCUCACGGGAGGCUGGAGGGUGGGGCAGAGGCCAGCCGCAGUGGGUCCCGGAGGCAGCACCCGCCGGGGGCUGCUCAGGAAGGAAUCUCACCCCUGCUCCCUGUCCUGGCUCCCCGUCCUCAGCACGUAUAAGGGACACGGCCGUCCACCUCUUUCCCUGCAAGACACCCUCCCCCCUGACGGCCCCAGGCCCCCGAGGUGAAAGGCCCACUUGGACUCGGGGGAAAGCAGGGGACAGUUGGGCAGUACUGGGGCUCCAUCCCCCGAGGCACCAGGGCUGGGGUGGGUACUCAGCCCCAGGGCCGAGGCCUGUGGUCCAAGGCAGAGUGGGCGUGGUCGGGGUAGUCCAGGCGGCUCUCGGCAGCAGUGAGCAUGCGCUCGGGCUCCACCACGAACAUGUAGUAGAGGUUCCACACCAGCAUGGAGAGCAGCGGCAGGAACGUGAGGCCGUAGCCAAAGCCUCGGAAGGAGCGGCCCACGGCGAAGGUCAGCCAGUAUAUCAGCCUGGGGCCAGGAGAGGGAAGUGCGUCAGCUAGCUGGCAUACGGUCUGAUGGGGGGGCAAUGGGUACGACAGACACGUCUAAACACAGCCCGAGCUUAUGCACUUACCGGGCUGGACGCCGCACUACGUCAGGGCCACUAAUGUAGACAUCCCAGCAUCUCCAUGAGGCGAGUAUAUUAUUCCCCUCCCUCUCUGCUGACUUUCCAAAAGUUUAAAACUUUUGCAUAGGCAGGGGCGCCUGGGUGGCUCAGUUGGUUGGGCAACUGCCUUCGGCUCAGGUCAUGAUCCUGGAGAGUGCCGGGAUCGAGUCCCGCAUCGGGCUCCCUGCUCGGCGGGGAGUCUGCUUCUCCCUC